AUGGAGGGCGCGAACAACACGACGGCCUGGCCUCAGUUUGACAACUCUUCCAACAAACCCCCCAAACCUGAGGAUGAGGAGGUGAAGCUGAGUUAUCAGGUGGUCACAUCGUUCCUGCUCGGCGCGCUCAUCCUGUGCGCAAUAUUUGGGAACGCGUGCGUGGUAGCAGCCAUCGCGUUGGAGCGCUCUCUCCAGAAUGUGGCCAACUACCUGAUCGGCUCUCUGGCUGUCACCGACCUGAUGGUGUCGGUGCUGGUGCUGCCCAUGGCGGCGCUCUACCAGGUGCUGAACCGGUGGACUCUGGGGCAGGUGCCGUGCGACAUCUUCAUCUCUCUGGAUGUGUUGUGCUGCACGUCGUCCAUCCUGCACCUGUGCGCCAUCGCCCUGGACAGAUACUGGGCCAUCACCGAGCCCAUAGACUACAUGAAGAAGAGGACGCCGAGGAGAGCAGCCGUCCUCAUCAGCGUCACUUGGCUGGUCGGCUUCUCCAUCUCGGUGCCGCCCAUGCUGAUCAUGCGCUCGCAGCCCAGCAGCAUGGCAGAGGACAGAGCGAACCCCAAGCAGUGUAAGAUCAGGCAAGACCCCUGGUACACGAUAUACUCCACGUUCGGGGCUUUUUACAUCCCUUUGACGCUGAUGCUGGUUCUGUACGGGAGGAUAUUCAAAGCUGCCCGGUUUCGGAUCAGGAGGACUGUGCGUAAAACGGAGAAAAAGAAAGUGUCCGACUCCUGUUUGGCGCUUUCUCCUGCGCUGUUCCACAAAAAGACUCACGGAGACGCGCAGGGCAAGAGCUGGAAGAGGAGCGUGGAGCCCCGGCCGCUGCCGAGCGUCAACGGCGCGGUGAAACACGCGGAAGACGGCGAGUCUCUGGAGAUCAUCGAGGUCCACAGCAACUCCAAAGGCAACCUGCCGCUGCCCAACACCCCGAGCUCCGUGCCGCUGUUCGAGAGCAGGCACGAGAAGGCGACGGAGGCGAAGAGGAAGAUCGCCCUGGCACGGGAGCGCAAAACGGUGAAGACUCUGGGCAUCAUCAUGGGCACCUUCAUCCUCUGCUGGCUGCCCUUCUUCAUCGUCGCCCUGGUCAUGCCCUUCUGCCAGGAGUCGUGCUUCAUGCCCCGCUGGCUGGAGGAUGUCAUCAACUGGCUGGGCUACUCCAACUCCCUGCUCAACCCCAUCAUCUACGCGUACUUCAACAAAGACUUCCAGAGCGCCUUCAAGAAAAUACUCAAAUGUCAUUUCUGCAGACCGUGA